AUGGUCGAGUGGACAGGAAAGGCAGAGACCAAGAUGCUGCAACAGCAACAGCUGCAACAACAACAGCUGCAACAACAGCAACAGCAGCAACAGCAGCAACAAUUACUGCUGCUGCGACAACGACAAAGACUAACACUCACAAGAGAAGAGCGUCAAGCCAGGAAAAGCGAAGGCUUUAGGAAUUAUCAGAACCAGCUCAUUGAAAAUUUUCAGUCAUCUGUUCUUGCUAGUGGCGGUAGUGAUUCGCUUGUGUUUUUCCCCCCAGAAUUUAAUGUCUCUGACAGAGUAUGGCCAUAUCUGCUCAGGAAGGAGGAAGAUUGGAAUCAUGCUGAUAUGAGAUCAUUUAUUAAUUCAUGUCUCGUGGCGUCAUCUCCCGGCAACCCAUUUGCUGAAGAGGUGGUGAACAAACUGUCAAGCCACAUGGGAAUACCGAGGAUAAGAUUUAUUUGUAACUCGUCGAUAAACGUUGACGCGGGAGUCGGCAAUAGAUCGGUUUCCUUCCAGUCUGUGGUGUUACCUUUCAUAGCACUGCUUGUUCGGAACAGCGUUCGAGAAUCAACACUCGAAAAACAAGUGAAUAUAAUCUAUUCAACUGUAUAUACAUACAUGGACACCAUUGUUCAUGAUCAAAUAUUGCGCUGCGUAGACGAGUUAAUACGCAGAAAAUCACUAAAAGAUACAUCUACUACAGAGCAGGAUCUCCUCAGCGCGAAUGCGUUCAUACCUGUCAGUUAUGCUCAGAUACUUUUAGUGCUUGUGCGAUUUGUCAACGAAAUACUCGGCAGAAUCAAAGAGGCUAGGGUGAACGUGACACUACAAAAGAUUGGAGGAAGAUUGGAACAGGCGACUAUUGCGUGGAAAGAUUUUUUGUCGGACGGUCUCAUGUAUGGAGAUAUCUUAUCGCAGAGUGACGGUCUGGGGUCGUAUUGUUUUACUGUGAUAGACAAGGAGCUGGGUAAAAUGAAAAAAAUGUUGGAUUCGGGAAGAAAAAGCCUAGAGAGGGGUGACGAAGUUACAAAGAAAAUGUUCGAAAACGUUGGCUUGAAUAAAGAAGCUAUAACUGCAGCCAUGCAGUUGGACUUGUGUCGAUCGUACGAUCCACCAGGUGAACUUUCAAAGCAUGGGAAGCGUCAUGACAAUGAUGCGGUUAAUUUCCAAGAAAUACGAGUAGUUCCCACUGCAGACGAGAUUCUCUGCAAACGCAACCCAUUUCUUCCUUCGACUCUCCCCACCACUCCUCACUUUCUCGAACCCGGUCCAGACCGUCUGUUGGACACUCAAUUCCGCCUCGUACGCGAAGACAUGUUAAACCCAUUGCGCAUUGGUCUUCACGAUUUUUUAGCCGGUCUAGACAAGGACAAAUCGCAGAUAGCGAAACUGUUAGAGAAGGGCGGAAGAUUCAAAUCAGAUAAAGGAAACCGCAGCGGUGGAGACUUGAAUGUCUAUACGCAUGUCAAGUUUAAGGAUAUUCAAGUGAAUAGAAACAGAGGGUUUCUGAUUCGAGUAGGAUUUAAACAGCCCAAAGCUAUCAAAACUAAAGAUCAGAGAAAGUUUUAUUGGGAAAGAUCAAGAAAAUUAAUGCAUGGGAGUUUAAUUUGCGUGUUAUGGGCUAAUGACUAUGAAGCGAACCAGGACGUUGCGGGUUCUAAGAGUGCCUUUUCGCUUUAUUUCGGAGUGAUUGCCGAAAGAAAUGAAAACAUAAUGUCAGAGAAUGUAGAUGAAGCGAUAAUAAGCGUCCACUUUAUCGAAAGUUCGAUAUAUCCAAUCGUGUUAGAGGAUAUGGCACUUGCCCGCAGGCUAUCGGAGACUGGACCUAAACACCCUGAUCGGUUUAUGGUAGAAUCUACCGGAGUUUACUUUGAAUCGUACGUUCACAUAUUGAAAGCGCUCCAGGAUUCCAAUCCGGGAGCACUCCCGUUUUCUCGACAUCUUGCCCCGGCAAAUGAAGAAGACCUAUCCGCGGAACUCGAACCGCCAUUGUAUGCACGUGCGCCUGGUUUUAAGUUUGAUCUGUCGGCAUUGCUGGAUAAGAAGGCACCUUUGACGUUAGAGCCCGUUAAUGAGCUUUCACGACAUUUGGCUGUGCAAACGCUAGUCCAAUCAGGCAAGUUGGAUGAAAGUCAGGCUGAAGCGCUAGUCUACUCAUUGUGCAGAGAAAUUGCCCUGAUCGAAGGGCCACCCGGUACCGGAAAGACGUACGUCGGAGUAGAAUUGAUGAAAGUCCUCUUGGAUGAAUCAAAUCAGAAAGCUUCUUCCGUUGGCUUUACUAAUCAUGCACUGGAUCAGUUCCUGGAAAAUCUCUUGCACGUUGGGGUGAAAGAUAUCGUUCGAUUGGGAAGUCGAUCAAAGUCAGAAGCGAUCAAAGAAUUUGCUUUGGAAGAACGCUCUCGCAAACAAACAAAGUCCGCUGAGCAUAGACGCAUGUUGGGGGCUGCCUAUAGUGAAUUGGAGGCUCUAUCGGAAGAAGCAAAAGGGUUGACUGAUCGAUUGGCUCGCAAGACAAUGGAAUGGAGCGAUGUAGAAACGUUGCUCAUGAUCGAUUACAGUCCGGUUUAUCAGCAACUGACGGAAGGCCCGAUAGAUUUUUCUUCAGAGUUUAUCGAGUUGGAAGAAGAAGACUCGGAUCCCAAUAAUGGAUAUGCAGUCGACUUUAAUAAAACGCAAAUAAAUCAAGAUGAUAACGAAGGAUGGGAGUAUGUUGGUGGUGGGAAGGGCCGUGAGCCGGGAUCGCUAUUUGGCCAAUGGAACCCAUUUGAGUUUUUGCAAGAUCAAGACGAAGAUAUAUCAAUGGUUAACGAAGAAGAAAUUAAUCCUGAAUCAUCAAACAAUCAAUUUUGGUUGCAAACGUUACAAAUACAAAUACCAGAAACGGACAGACCAUUGGAUGUUUUGCUUGAGGAAUGCAAUUAUGGUAGUAAUGUGUGGGAUAUGAGCAUUAUUGAGCGAAGGAGAUUACAUGAUCAUUGGAGAAAACUGGUAAACGAAGAGAUUACUGAAAAGUUAGCGGAAGUGGUUAAGCAACACACACAGAAACGGAAGGAAGUUGAUGAUAUUCACGAUGGAGUUCGAAAGGAAAUACUCAAAUCCGCUCAAGUAAUUGGGAUGACUACAAAUGGAGCGGCCAAAUUCCAAUCACUGAUACGUUCGGUAUCUCCGCGUAUAAUCGUAUGCGAGGAAGCGGGCGAAGUAUUGGAAGCUCACAUUCUUGCACCGUUAAAUGCGACACAACAUCUCAUUCUCAUUGGUGAUCACCUGCAACUUAGACCACACGUUGCGACAUACAGUCUUAGUUUAGACUCUGACGUUGGCAAAAACUACGCGCUCGACAGGUCCCUAUUUGAACGUUUGGUAAACGAGAAAAAGCCAAUGGUGAAAUUGUUAACUCAGAGACGGAUGCGUGGCGAAAUAGCCGAUCUAGUAAGAGACACUCUGUACCCUGGUCUCAUAGACCAUGAAGUUACGACAAAGUACCCUCCUGUGCGCGGAACACCAUAUAAUCUUUUCUUCUUUGAUCAUAUGAAUCCGGAAGAUGCAGCUGGUAGUAACCAAUUUGCGAUGCAAUCGCAUUCAAAUUCAUUCGAAGUGAAGAUGGUUGUCGAAAUGGUAAAAUAUUUUGUUAGGAACGGCUAUGAUAAAGAUGGUGAUAUUGCCGUGUUGACGCCCUAUUUGGGACAAAUGAUCAAAAUAAGAGAUGCGCUGAAUAAGCAAUUUGUAGUCGUCAUUGAUGAAAGAGACAACGAGCAGAUUGCCAUGAUGGCUGAAGAGGAAGAGUUGGUAGAAACUGACUCUACCGACGAAGCCUCAACAUCGGCGGCUAUACCCACAGCAUUGAAAAAAUCACUGACGAGGCAGGUUACGCUGCGUACCAUUGACAACUAUCAAGGAGAAGAAGCGACAAUAGUCAUCAUAUCACUUGUCCGAAAUAUAUCCCAACAUAGUAACAAAGCUACCAUUGGUUUCUUGAAAUCAACGAACCGUACCAACGUGCUGUUGUCUCGCGCUAAACAUGGUAUGUUUUUGCUGGGGAAUGCCAACCUCCUUUUCGAGAAAGCGCAACGAGAAGGAAACAAAAUGUGGCCAGGCGUAAUUAAUACGCUCAGAGAACGUUGCCAACUAGGCAGUGCGUUCCCAUUGCAAUGCGAAAGACAUACUGAUACGAUUAAUUUCGUCGAAAAACCCGAACAAUUUUCCGAAUUCGCACCAGACGGUGGAUGCCAGGAACCAUGCGGAUUCACCUUGAAAUGUGGUCACGUAUGUCAAUACAAAUGUCACUAUGACGACCCUGAUCACAUUGGCGUCAUGUGUUAUAAACCAUGUCAGAGACUACACGAUUCAUGUCGACACGCAUGCCAAAAAAUUUGUGGAGAGCCAUGUGGGAACUGUACUUUAACAAUCAAUAAUGUCGAAUUACCUUGUGGACAUAUUAAAAAGAAAGCUCCCUGUUAUAAAGCAUGUGAUCCGACGUCGAUUAAAUGUGAGGAGCUCAUUGAUUGCGUUCUCCCCAGGUGUGGCCACGAACAAAAAAGACAUUGUUUUGAAGCGAUACAAGACGUUAAAUGCAGUCAAAAAUGCGGAAUGCUGUUAAAAUGUGGUCAUCCUUGCUCUGCGAACUGUGAAGAGUGUCAACGCAGAUCUAUCCAAGCAUCAGCUACAAAGCAAGCAGUAUUGGAUGCAAACGGUCAUGUGACAAAGACAAACCAUUCCCCAUGCAAUCAAGCGUGUGGACGCAAUUUGUAUUGUGAACACCGUUGUGCGAAUAAAUGUCAUGAUGGAAGGCCUUGUCAACCAUGCAAAGAAAAGUGCAUGAUUAGAUGUAGACAUUCCACAUGCAACAAAAAAUGCUCUCAACCAUGCAAUGUCUGCGCUGAGCCGUGUGAUUGGCAAUGUAAACAUCAAAGCAAAUGUCCACUCAGUUGCGGAGCUCCUUGUAUUCGACUGCCAUGCAACCAACAAUGUGAGAAAUUCUUACCCUGCAAUCACCGAUGUCCUGGCGUAUGUGGAGAAGAAUGUGUUCCUGCCGAAUUCUGUCCCGUCUGUGCUCCACCCGAUAUACGAAAGCAAACAUCUAACGUGGCAAUGUUGGAGGAAUUUGGCGAAGUUGAUUGGGGUAUUAAUCGAAUGAUUGUUUUAGAAUGUAAGCAUGCGUUUACUAUGGCCUAUCUCGACGAACAGUUGGAAAUGAAGAGAUAUUAUGACGGUAUCGAUGGUGAGGCGGACUUUGAAAAGAUUUGGACCAAAGUUUGCACUCUUCCAAACGAAUUGGGAAGCAUUCAUAGAUGUCCACUAUGUCGACGUCCGAUUACUAACGUCAAGAGAUACGGAAGACCUAUCAAAAAGGCAAUACUUGACAUACAAAACAAGAAAUUCUUGUCGAAAUACAGGAACCUGUUAAACCAAUAUAACGAAAGAAUUCAAAUAAGUAUCAGCACUUUAGAAACGAAUCGAGAAAAAUUUCUCGGCAAUAUCAAGAAACCCAUUCUCAAGCCUAAUGAAAGGCCAACUGGAGCUCGUAAAAUUCCAGGAGACCUCGAUAUCAAAGAACUUUCCAAUCUGAGUGAAUUCACAAACCUUCGCAAGGGUUACGGGAUACCACAAGAUCACAAUGAUUGUUGGAUCAAGUAUACUAAUAUCUUGAUUCAAAUAUAUUCAAAUCUUUCGCAUCUGCUUGCUGAGACCAAGAACCCACCUUGGAAAACGGCAUUCGAAGCAGCCGUAGCAAGUCUAUAUAGGUCGAAACUACUUGAAAUGGAUUACAUCAUUGCGACCAUCAGGAAUAUGGGAAUUGCAGAAAACGAUGCUGAUAGCACAUUACUUGCUUUCCAACGCGAAUCUCUUCACGGAGUAGGAAUGGUGCUUCCAGUGGUAGAUCGUCGAUGUUAUCUAGACAUAUUUUUAAUUGUAAUUAACGUUCAGAAAAUAUUAUUCCAAGAAGUUGAUUAUAUAAUUCAAGCGUUAUCCGAUAAUGACCAAGAUGGCAGAAGUCUUGACACUAGACCUGGAUGGAUUAAUUUCGCCUUAUUUAUUCUUCAAUCGACCAUGUCGCAUCUCCAAACUAUAAUCAAAAUAGCGCAUGAAACAAAGUACUAUAAGCAGUAUGUGACCGCUACGCUUGAAUUGGCAGAAGUGCAAUGUCGACAUUACCGAUAUAAAUUCAAACACAGAAAAAUAGCUGAAGAUCCGAACGAUGAUAUUGGAAAAGCAGAGAGAAAGAAGAUAAUUAACGAACUAAAAGAAAUUCUUCAAAGAUUUGAAACCCUCGUCCAUGAAAUCUUUCCUAUUCUUCAAGCCGAACAUUUUCAAAGACAAUGCGAAACAAGAAUGGAAAACACUAUUGAAGAAAUCAAUGAGCUUACGAAUUUAGCAAAAGGGGGAGUGUUGACGAAAACGGAGAAAUUACAGAUCUUCCAAGCGAUGAGUGAUGACUUGCGAGGGAGUGGGCACUGGUAUACUUGUCCUAAUGGACACACUUAUACUAUUGCCGACUGCGGAGGUGCAGUGGUAGAAAGCAGAUGCCCAGAUUGCAAUGCAGUGAUCGGUGGUACCGGACACACGCUAGCGGUUAACAAUCGCCGCAACGAAGAGUUUGAAAGUUUUGCCCAUUGA